AUGCUACACCCAAUUCUGGAUAUUAGUAGUCUUAAUGUUGUGCUUUCAUUAUCAGGAAUAUACGUCUUGGUUUUCGGGUUUAUCGCUUUGAAAAUCAAGCAAAAAUGGUACCUUGGUGAAGCUUUACCUUCUUUUAUAGUUGGGACUAUCAUAGGGCCCUUCGGUGCGAAGUUAGUCAAUGUCAGUCAGUGGGGAGGAGAGGCCGACAGCGAUGGUGGUGAAAUUGGCGACAUUGCCUAUGUAAGUCGGUUGGUGAUUGGUAUCGCUAUGGUUAAAGUUGGUUACGAGCUACCGAAACGAUACAUUCGGCUUCAUCUGGUCGAACUCACCAUCUGCCUACUGCCAUUGAUGACGAUUCAGUGGCUAAUGACGUCGGCAUGUAUCAGAUUAAUGAUCCCUAAUCUAUCGUUUUUGACUUCUCUCAUCGUCGGAUCGUGUGUUAUAUGUAUCGACCCGGUGCUUUCACAAGCGAUCGCCAAGGGCCCCUUUGCAGAUCAAUACGUUCGACGACGCCUCCGAGAAUUUAUUUCAGCCGAGGCAGGUGGGAAUGACGGGUUCGGGUUUCCAUUCUUGCUUCUCUCCAUUGCCAUUCUUCGUUAUGCCGAUACCCCGGGUGUGGAGACAACAGCUGGUCAUGGGAAACAGAGCCGUGAUUGGAUUGGUGAGCCAGAUACAGGCCGAUUGGGUGGAGAUGUAGGCCGAGCUCUGGCUCAUUGGGCUGUUGAGGGAGUGUUGUACAUGCUGGUCAUGGGUGCUGGAUAUGGUGUACUGAUCGGAUUCCUGAGCCGGAAAGCCUUGAACUUGGCCUCGAAAAGACGUUGGAUUGAUAAGGAGAGUUUCUUCUCAUAUCCAGUUGCGCUGGGUUUGUUUAUCGUCGGUACCUGCGGCUGUUUUGGCUCUGAUGAAACCCUCGCCUGCUUUAUUGCCGGCUGUGCACUGAACUGGGAUGGGUCUUACCACUUCGAAGUCGAAGAGAGGCAUGACUCCUUCAACUCCACAAUCGAAAAUAUCUUGAACAUUGGGACCUUCAUGUUCCUCGGUGCUAUCAUGCCAUGGGACCAACUUCACAUGUCCAAUCAAAAUGGAAUCACUAUCGCCCGACUAGUCGGGCUCGGAUUUUUGAUUCUGAUAUUUCGUCGGAUCCCGGCGAUCAUGAUGGGAUAUCGAUUCAUGCCUAAGGUCUGCGAAAAUUGGAAAGAGGCCUUGUUUAUGGGAUACUUUGCCCCAAUUGGAGUUGGCGCUAUUUCAUAUGUCGAGUAUGCGCGACGAUUGCUACCAGAUCCUGGAGAGAGUGAUACGGAGAUCAACAACUUGACUGUAGCUAUGACUCCGGUGGUAUACUGGCUUGUCUUCUUCUCCAUCGUCAUCCAUGGGAUGUCUAUACCCGUCCUGAACUGCUUCUAUAAGUGGUUUAAAGUUCCUACUAUCCGAGACCACCCGGUGGAAGUCAUUCUUCUAUCUGAAAAUGAACCUGUUCCUAACAACAGCGUGGUGAAUCGCCGGGGCCACUCUGUUAUAUUAAACAACCGGUUUUCCUGUGCCUCGAACCACCGCCAUUAUUCUGAUACUGGUGAUCAAGAAGGCGAGGGGACAGACACGAUGAUGCUACGCAACGAGGGAGCUAGCUACAGGGGCUCGCUGGAAAGGGUGUCGACCAAAGGUUCGUCGCGUGAACUGGAGCAGAGUGUAUCUGCCAGAAAUGUAGUUUGA